CUAGGGCAGGGGUGUCAAACUGGGGGCCCUCCAGCUGUUGCGAAACUACAAGUGCCAUCACGCUUCUGCCUUUGGCAGUCAUGCUUGUAACUGUCAAUCUUGCAAUGCCUCAUGGGACUUGUAGUUUGGCAACAGCUGGAGAGCUGCCAGUUUGACACCCGUGUUCUAGGGGAACGUUUGUUUCUCAAAGGAAGACCUUUACCCAUCAGGAAGACCAUCAUGCUUCUGCCUUUGGAAGUCAUGCUUGUAACUGCCAAUCUUGCAAUGCCUCAUGGGACUUGUAGAUUGGCAACAGCUGUAGGGCUGCCAGUUUGACACCCGUGUUCUAGGGGAACUUUUGUUUCUCAAAGGUGUUUAGACAAAUUCCAAAACCCAGGA